AUGGCCAAUGAGAGGUUGUCUAGUGCGUUAGAGUCGAUAUGCUCCUCUGGGAGCCCCAAGGUUGCGUUUGUUAGCUCUUCGAGGGUUUCUAAGCAUCUCAAGAAGCGUGUUGAUAAGCAAAUACAGUCGAACAAGACAUAUCAGUUCUUCCGCAGUAUUUCAAAGAGAAGGCUCAGGUCGUCGUCUGUUGAGAAUCUCUACAAGGUUUCUGGUGGCUUUAGACCAUUCGAUAGGGGUUUACUGCUGGAUAGGAUCUCUAGCUUCCAGAGCCGUGUCAGCUGGAACAUCUCGAGUGAAUCCUUGACACCGCUGUCGUUAUCAUUGGCUGGUUGGAGUUGCGAUGCUCGCAAGCAAAACACCAUUACCUGUGGCUGCUGCAAUGCCAGUGUUCUUAUCAAGCUGCCAGAAGCUGAAGUCACCGGUGACGACGAGACUGAUCUUGUCUCCAUCAGAAUGGUGGAUAAAAUUGCAGAGAAGUACGUUGCCAAAGCACAAGAGUUCCAUAGGGAGAACUGUCCCUGGAGGAAACAACUUACGCCUUUUAGCGUCUAUGAGAUCUCGUUCGGUAAUAUGACCCGUGAGCUGGAAUCAUUUCACGAAAGGUACCGUCAUAAUUUGAACUUUGCUGUCGACAUUGAAGCUAUGGAGUUCCAUCCUGUUUUAACAGGUGAAGAAUACCAAUACGUUGAAUCGUAUCUGAAACAGCACCACUUGGAUGUGAACAAGGAGGUGAUUCUUGUGACUCUACUAGGCUGGACUGUUGAACGUAAGGGCUCCAGCUCGCUUCUGUUGUUGACAUCACGGUCAGAUGCUAGAAGAGUAAUCGUAACAGAUAGUGCUGUUGAUCUCGUUGCAGAACACCACAAGUGGUCCUGUUUUGUACAGGGCUAUAGAGUUCUCUUGCAGAUAUUCAAAUCAAUAGCAGCACGAGACGUUGAGUCGCCAUCAACUGAUGACGGCGUGGAACUGUCUGAUGGUGUGACAAGCAGGGAAUCAAACGCAGGAGCUAAACUGGACAAACUACGGAAGGUGUAUUUUGAAUAG